AUGGAGGAACCCAACAUCGGCCUCAACCUGGGCUACAAUGGUGCCCACCCCUUUUCCAAAGUGAAGCUUACCGACAGGGCGUCUGUCCAGGAGCUCCUACAAACCCUCCUCGACCCUCUCGAGCCCUUCUUUUCUCCCCAGAAGGCCCGCGUCAAGUGUCCUGGCGGCACGGCCGUGCGAUUCGACCAGGCCGCCUCCGAAGUCGAAGGUCUCUUGCGCCCCAUCUGGGGUCUGGCCGCUCUCCUGGCCGGUGGCGGGGAGUAUCGCGGCACUGAAUGGUGGAUUCAGGGGAUCAAGUCCGGCACCGACCCUGAGAACCCCGAGUAUUGGGGCUUCCCGAGGGACAAUGACCAGCGCAUGGUUGAGAUGUGCCCUCUCGGCUUCUCCCUUGCCGUUGCGCCCACGAUCUGGGAAAACCUCUCGGCAAAGGAGCGUAUUAACGUUGAGAAUUGGCUGGGCAACUCCAUCAACGAGAAGAACAUGCCCAAUACCAACUGGCUUUGGUUCCGCGUCUUCGCGAACCUAGGCCUGAAGAAGAACGGUGGCAAGUUCUCGCAGGAACGACUCGAUGCGGACAUCAAACACCUCGACACGUUUUACCGGGGCGGCGGCUGGUCCAACGACGGGCCAGAGGGCAUCCACCAGAUGGACUAUUACUCGUCCAGCUUCGCUAUCCAGUUCCUCCAGCUCCUCUAUGUGAAGCUGGCCGGCAACGACGAGCCUGAGCGGGCCGAGGAGUUCCGCAAGCGGGCCCAGAUGGUCGCGCUCGAUCUGGUGCACUACUUCGACGAGCAAGGCCGGGCCAUCCCCUUUGGUCGCAGCGUCGGCUACCGCUUCGCGAUGGUGUCUUUCUGGGGCGCCCUCGCCUACGCCGGUGUCGAGCUUCCGGCGCCCUUGACAUGGGGUAUGGUGAAGGGCAUCGUGAUGCGUCAUCUGCGGUGGUGGCAAACGCAGCAUGGCAUGUGGAGCCCCAGCGGAACGUUGACGCUGGGCUAUUCUUACCCCAACAUGUACAUGACGGAGAACUACAACAGUCCCGGAAGCCCGUACUGGGCUUGCCUCGCCUUCAUCUGUCUUGCGGUCCCCGAAGACCACCCCUUCUGGACCUCGGAGGAGGAGCAGGCUUGGAGCGUCAUCCCCAGGAUCAAGGCCCUCGAACAGCCGGGCCACAUAAUGAGCAACAUUGGCGGUCAUUGCAUGCUCUUAUCGUCCGGCCAGGCUUGCAGCUACCCGAUGAAGGGCACCCACGCCAAGUACGGCGGGUUCGCCUACUCGAGCGCGUACGGCUACUCAGUGCCUCCUGGCCUGUUUUCCCUCGAGCAGUACGCACUGGCCUCGCAGCUGGGCCUCUCGGACGACGGCGGAGAGUACUGGAAGACCCGGCGACUCUCGCAGUACGCCGCCAUCGAAACCAGAGACGGCAAGCCGGUGCUCGUAUCGGUGUGGAAGCCGUUCACGGACGUCGAGAUCAAGACCAUCCUCGUCCCCCCCGAGGAGUCCACGCCCAACUGGCACCUCCGGAUCCACCACAUCCAGGCGGGCCGCGAGGUCAUAACCGCGGACGGGUCGUUUGCCAUUGCCAACGAGAGCUCAGCAAACGGGCGGUACCUCGACCUUUUCGACGCGGAGAAGGUCGAGGGGACAUCACCCAAGAUCAUCGGCAACUACGACACCAACACGCCCGAGGGGCUAGCAAAGGGCAGCGAGGGUUCCUUCGCCGUGUCCAAGGGCGCUGUAGGCAUCAAGGCCCUGGAGAGCUCGAUCGAGCGGACGGCCAACCUCGUCAACGCCGAUCCCAACUCGAACCUGGUCGAGAGCCGCACGACCAUCCCGACGCUCCAGCACACGAUCAAGAAGGGCGAGUCGGUCUGGUACAUCACGGGCAUCUACGCCAAACCGAAUGGCGAGGGCGUCCCUAAGCAGAGCUACCUGGACGGCUGGGCGAGACCGCCCGCGGUUCCUUCCUGGCUCGAGGCGGAAAUGAGUGCCUCUUGA